ACAGCGAUUCUUGCUAAAUUCGCAACGCGGAAACGCGCAGUUUUGUAAUCAUUCCGGAUAACCUAAACACACACCAAAGAGACUGAUGACCAAAUCUACAAAAAAAUUCUGUUACUCAUUCUAAUCUAUGGUGUAAAUACGAAUAUCUGAUACGCUAUGGUAUUACAGGCGAAAAAAAAACUGAUUCAGGAUGUAACCCACACGAGCGGCUGAAUAGCACGUGACGUGACGCGUCAUCAACAUGGCGACUCAGUGCUGAUACAGCAGCGUCUGUCGCUCCAAUACAACCAGCGGCGACGUCGGCCAGCUUCAGGUAGCAUCUGACACCUGCGCUAAAGCAGGGCUUAGGCCGACAAUGACGGCCUGAACGAAGAAAUAAACUCCGCAACGAGAAAUGAAAGAACAACAACCUGACUACGUUAAACGGCAAGCUGAGACAGAAAGCGCUACGACGAAGAGCAUGUUUGUGUCUCGGGCGCUGGAGAAAAUCCUGUCGGAUAAGGAGGUGAAGCGAAGCCAAAACAGCCAGCUGCGCAAGGCCUGUCAGGUGGCUCUGGAGGAGAUCAAACUUGAGCUGGAAAAUCAGAAGGAUGGUAUCGUGGUUCCUCCUAAAGCUAAUUACAUAGAAGCUGACAAGUAUGUGUUACCCUUCGAGCUGGCAUGUCAGUCAAAGUCUCCACGCAUUGUCAGUACGUCAUUGGACUGCUUACAGAAACUUGUUGCAUAUGGCCAUAUCACGGGGAACGCACCAGACAGUGGUGCACCAGGAAAACGGCUGAUUGACCGUCUGGUGGAAACGAUCUGCAACUGUUUUCAGGGUCCACAGACUGAUGAAGGAGUGCAGCUUCAGAUUAUCAAAGCUCUCCUGACUGCAGUCACAUCUCCUCACAUAGAGAUUCACGAGGGGACAGUUCUUCUGACUGUGCGCACCUGCUACAACAUCUACCUGGCCAGCCGCAACCUAAUCAACCAGACCACAGCCAAGGCCACGCUAACUCAGAUGCUCAACAUAAUUUUUACGCGUAUGGAGAACCAAGCGGCACUCGAGGCCCAGGAAGCAGAAAAAGAGAGACAGCGGCUUCAGGUCCCGAAUCCUGCCACGACCUCCCGAAACACUUCGCCUACACCAGGAGUGUGUUCGUCUCCACAGAAUGGGCCUCCGGAGCCCUCUCUGAGCCCUCCUGAACUCUCAUCCACGCCCCCAAUGCCACCAAGCACCUCCAUCAAUGAACAGUCAGAGGAUCAAGAGGCGACCAGAAUAUCACAACCAGAACUGCAGGAGACAGAUCCUACUGUGCCCAAAUCCUUGGAAGAGAGGGUUAGUGAAGGAGAGGAGGGUCAUCUGGAGGCUGAGACAGAGCAAGCCUCGGAGGCUCAGGAGGAGGCAGAGCCAGACAGUGGCCUGGGAGAGAGCUCUGUGGAGGGAGUAGGCUUGGACCAACAUUCUGACUCUGAGUCCAAAGUGACACCCCCUAUGGCCAGGACAGACGCUCAGCAAAUAAAUGGUGUUGUGGAUGAUCAGGCCUCAGUGUCCUCAGAUAUUCUGGAGACGGAGGCAAUGCAGAACAUGCAGACAGCCACACGCUUCUCGCACAUCCUUCAGAAAGAUGCCUUCCUGGUCUUCCGUUCCCUUUGCAAACUCUCCAUGAAGCCACUGGCCGAUGGCCCACCAGACCCCAAGUCUCAUGAGUUACGCUCUAAGGUGGUCUCACUCCAGUUGCUGUUGUCAGUGCUUCAGGGGGCCGGCCCUGUGUUUCGCACACACGAGAUGUUUGUGAACGCCAUCAAGCAAUACUUGUGUGUGGCACUGUCUAAGAAUGGAGUUUCCUCUGUGCCUGAAGUGUUUGAGCUGUCCUUGGCCAUCUUCCUCACCCUGCUUUCCCACUUUAAAGUGCACCUUAAAAUGCAAAUUGAAGUAUUCUUCAGAGAGAUUUUCCUGACUAUUUUGGAAACAUCUACCAGCUCCUUCGAGCACAAAUGGAUGGUCAUCCAGACUCUGACUCGCAUUUGUGCAGAUGCCCAGUGUGUAGUGGAUAUCUACGUGAACUAUGACUGUGACCUAAAUGCAGCAAAUAUUUUUGAGCGGCUGGUGAAUGAUCUGUCAAAAAUUGCUCAGGGUCGGAGUGGACAGGAGCUGGGAAUGACUCCACUGCAGGAGCUAAGUUUACGUAAGAAAGGCUUAGAAUGCCUGGUGUCAAUUCUGAAAUGCAUGGUGGAGUGGAGCAAAGACCUGUACGUCAACCCUAACCUCCAGACUAAUCUAGGUCAGGAGCAUCAGGCUGAAGGUGAGGGAGUAGAAGUUAAGCUCCCUGAACACUUGUCCUCUCGCAGGGACAGUGUCAGCUCUCAGGACUCGGCCAUGUCAUCCAGUGUUCAGGCUUCCCAACCCGACCAUCCUGAGCAGUAUGAGGUUAUUAAACAGCAGAAAGAGAUUAUUGAGCAUGGCAUUGAGCUGUUUAAUAAAAAGCCCAAGAGGGGGGUGCAAUACUUGCAGGAGCAAGGCAUGUUGGGAGUCUCUACAGAGGACAUCGCUCAGUUCCUGCACCAGGAGGAGAGACUUGAUACAACUCAAGUUGGGGAGUUCCUCGGUGAGAAUGCCAAGUUUAAUAAGGAGGUAAUGUACUGCUAUGUGGAUCAGCUGGAUUUCUGCGGCAAAGACUUUGUGUCUGCGUUGCGUACGUUCCUCGAAGGCUUCAGGUUGCCUGGCGAGGCCCAGAAAAUCGAUCGGCUCAUGGAGAAGUUUGCUGCACGCUAUCUGGAGUGCAAUCAGGGGCAGACUCUAUUUGCUAGUGCUGACACGGCCUACGUGCUGGCAUAUUCCAUCAUCAUGUUAACCACUGAUCUGCACAGCCCACAGGUGAAGAGCAAAAUGACAAAGGAACAGUACAUUAAGAUGAACCGUGGCAUUAACGACAGUAAGGAUCUGCCUGAGGAGUACCUCUCUUCCAUUUAUGAUGAAAUAGCAGGAAAGAAGAUUGCCAUGAAGGAGAGUAAAGAGUAUUCCAUUACCCCAAAGUCUAACAAGCAGAGUGUAGCUAGUGAGAAACAAAGACGGUUGCUGUAUAAUAUGGAAAUGGAGCAGAUGGCUAAGACAGCUAAAGCCCUAAUGGAAGCUGUGAGCCAUGCUCAGGCGCCUUUCUUCAGUGCCACCCACCUGGAGCAUGUCCGUCCAAUGUUUAAGUUGGCAUGGACACCUCUGUUAGCAGCGUUCAGUGUGGGCCUGCAGGACUGUGACGAUCAGGAGGUGGCUUCUCUUUGUCUGGAGGGAAUCCGCUGUGCAAUCAGGAUUGCCAGCAUUUUCAACAUGCAGCUGGAGCGUGAUGCAUAUAUUCAGGCCCUGGCCAGGUUUACAUUGCUCACAGCUAGCUCCAGCAUUACAGAGAUGAAGCAGAAGAAUAUUGAUACCAUUAAGACCCUCAUCACUGUGGCGCACACUGAUGGAAACUACUUGGGCAACUCCUGGCAUGAGAUUUUGCGCUGUAUCAGCCAGCUGGAAUUGGCUCAGCUGAUUGGCACAGGAGUAAAGACGCGUUAUAUUUCUGGUGUAGUCCGUGACCAGGGAGGCGGCAUUAAGGGCUUUCCCACUGGCGGAGAGGAGUUCAUUCCUCUUGGCUUAGGCACACUAGUUGGAGGGCCAGAUAGACGUCAAAUGGCUCACAUUCAGGAAUCAGUCGGAGAAACCAGCUCUCAGAGUGUAGUGGUGGCUGUGGACAGAAUCUUCACCGGAUCCACCAGGCUUGAUGGAAAUGCAAUUGUGGACUUUGUGCGCUGGCUAUGUGCAGUGUCAAUGGAUGAACUAGCCUCUGCUCACCAGCCACGCAUGUUCAGCCUGCAGAAGAUUGUGGAGAUCUCCUACUACAACAUGAAUCGUAUUCGACUGCAGUGGUCUCGCAUUUGGCAGGUCAUAGGAGAUCACUUUAACAAGGUGGGCUGCAACCCUAACGAAGAUGUUGCCAUUUUUGCUGUGGAUUCCCUGAGACAGCUUUCCAUGAAGUUUUUGGAGAAAGGAGAGUUGGCUAACUUCCGCUUCCAGAAGGACUUUCUUAGGCCGUUUGAGCACAUUAUGAAAAAGAACAGAUCUCCGACAAUCCGGGACAUGGUGAUCCGCUGUGUGGCUCAAAUGGUGAACUCGCAGGCAGCCAACAUCCGCUCUGGCUGGAAGAACAUCUUUUCUGUGUUCCACCAGGCAGCAUCAGACCAUGAUGAGACCAUAGUAGAGCUUGCCUUCCAAACCACAGGUCACAUCGUCAUGAAAACUUUUCAGCAGCACUUUGCAGCAGCUAUUGACUCGUUCCAGGAUGCAGUGAAGUGUCUGUCUGAGUUUGUGUGCAAUGCUGCCUUUCCUGAUACUAGCAUGGAAGCCAUCCGGCUCAUUCGACACUGUGCGAAAUAUGUGUCCGACAGACCGCAGGUUUUAAGAGAGUACACUAGUGAUGACAUGAACGUAGCUCCUGGUGAUCGGGUGUGGGUGCGAGGCUGGUUCCCAAUCCUUUUUGAGCUUUCCUGUAUCAUCAACCGCUGCAAGCUAGACAUCAGGACCAGAGGCCUGACAGUGAUGUUUGAGAUUAUGAAGAGUUAUGGACACACUUUUGAGAAGCACUGGUGGCAUGACCUUUUCCGUAUCGUCUUCCGCAUCUUUGACAAUAUGAAACUUCCGGAGCAGCAGACUGAGAAAACCGAAUGGAUGACUACAACAUGUAACCACGCGCUCUACGCUAUCUGUGAUGUCUUCACGCAGUUCUAUGAGCCGCUCAGCGAGGUGCUGCUGGUCGAUGUUUUUACUCAGCUACAGUGGUGCGUCAAACAAGAUAAUGAGCAGCUUGCAAGGUCGGGCACCAACUGUUUGGAAAACUUGGUGAUCCAGAACGGAGAGAAGUUCAAUGGGGAAGUUUGGGAUAUCACCUGCACCUGCAUGCUGGAGAUUUUCCAGUCUACCAGCCCUCAUGCCUUGUUGACAUGGCGACCAGCUGGGCAAGAAGAGGAGGUGGGAGAUGGGAAACACAUGGAUGUGGAAAUGGAUUCUCAGUCUCAGAGCAGCUUUGAGCGAGCACAGAGUCAGAUGUCCACUGCCAGUGAUGAGGCCUGGAGGGGAAAGCCCCAUGCACGAGUAUCAGACCAGAGGCUGUUUGCAGGGCUCCUCAUAAAGUGUGUGGUCCAGCUGGAACUCAUUCAGACCAUAGACAACAUUGUGUUCUACCCAGCCACCAGCAAGAAAGAGGAUGCUGAGAACAUGGCUGCUGCUCUGAGAGAUGGUCUGGAAGAGAUUGAGGAGCCACAGGUCGAGUCCGAGCAGGGCAUGUACAGGCAUCUCUCUCCUCAGCACCUCUUUAAACUGCUUGACUGCUUACUUGAGUCACAUGGCUUCGCUAAAGACUUUAACUCUAACAAUGAGCAAAGGACAGCACUCUGGAGAGCAGGAUUUAAGGGCAAGUCCAAACCCAACCUGCUAAAGCAAGAGACAAGCAGCUUGGCCUGCAGCCUGAGGAUACUCUUCCGGAUGUACUCGGACAUUCGACUGCAGGGCGCGUGGCCUGACAUCCAGAUUCGGCUGCUGCUUGUGUGUAGUGAAGCCUUGGCCUACUUUAUCAGCCUAACCUCAGAGAGCCACCGAGAGGCCUGGACCAGUUUACUAAUGCUCCUACUUACUAGAACACUCAGACUCCCUGACGACAAGUUCAAACCCCAUGCCUCCUGUUAUUACCCACACCUGUGUGAGAUGAUGCAGUUUGACCUCAUCCCUGAGCUGCGUGCAGUCCUGCGUCGCUUCUUCCUCCGCAUCGGCUCAGUCUUCCACAUUGCUGCCCCAGACAUGGUGCACGCACGAGCCCCGUCCUCAUAGGCCUCUGCUUGGCUUGCGUGUAUAAAAUACUAUGAAAUUAGAAGGCAGACAAGUGUUGCAGACCCGUUUCUGGUGUGAAGAACCACACAGGACCAAUCAGAACCAAUGCUGAGACCGCUUACUUCGGGCUCUGUGUCUAGAGCCAAACUUCAUGUCUGGAUCUCAUGACCUUUUCACCCCUCAGCUCCUCUUCAAGAGAAAACAGCACUGUGAGCCAGCAGAGCUUUUCCUCUACGCUGCUGUUCAACACUGCAGUUCAGUCAAAUCAUAUCACUUAUUCCAUGGCAACAAUAAUUAAUUUAUUAACCAUAUGGUUGUCUAUCCUGUUUCUGAUUGUCAUUGUUUAUUUUUUUUUUUAUUUGUUAUCUAUUAUUUCUGUCCUUUCAAUGAGUCAAAAAACAGUGAUUUCCAAUUGCACAAAGCGGAAAGAGCAUUUAAAUAUUCCACUAUUCACGUAUUUGUAAUUUAAAGCACGGCUAUGCCUAUGAUGAAGGAGAUUCAUUAAAUCCUCAGGCAGAAAUUAUAACAAGGUUGGGGACUGCAGGAACAUCUUGGUUAUAGCUAUUUCAUAAAAAAUUUUGGGGGGGUAUCUUGAUCAUUUUUGAUUAGAGCUUUAAUGACGAACAGUGCAAAAUACGGUCUCUUGUUGGUAUUUGCAUCUUGGCAUAUUUCAUUCAAAUACCACAGGCAUGAAACAUUAUUUAUGGAACACAGAUGUGGGUUGUGUGCAUCACAUUUAACCUUAAUGUGAUAGACAUUUACCCUUCACCUUCUGAAGUCUGUUUUGAUUAAAAAUAGGGUUUAACGGUUAAAGGGAAUUGACCAGGGAAAGUAGAGCUGCUCAAUUUUUUUGGGUGAUUUAAUAAAGUAUUCUGUCAAAGACAUUCCAUUCACUCGGUUAAACACACUACACUUCCGUGCAUAAUGGGCAGGCAAGUUCCUUAGCCAGGAAAACAUUUAAAAAAAUGCCUGUUCCAUUCUCCCUGCUUAAUGGACAGGUUUGUUGUGUUUCCAGUCCCAUCAACAGCUGAUGACCAGCAUCAUCAGUGUCGAGUGUGAUCAUGUCAGCUUGCUUCAUUAUCUUGCAGUGUGGCCAUCCCAACACAGAGAAACCGCAUAAAUAAAAGAAAGGUUACAUACACUGAAUAAUGCAGACUUGUUUAUACUUGAGUAUAACAGUAUAAAGCCUCUGUAGUUACAGAGCAUAUGAAGCUUGGGAUUCAUUUUUAUUCUGAUGUAUUUAAUUAUUUGAAGUGCAUUUAAAUAUUUUCUGAAAGCAUUCCUUCCCUUGCAACUAUAUAUGUCUACUUUGCUCCUCUGAUGUAUGGGGAAUAUAAAUAUAUACAGUAAGAGGAAAAAAAAACAAGUGUAAAGUUUUCAUGUAAAAUAAAGAAUUAAAUGCGCUACACAAUGUGGUGUUAUCUUCCAGGCAUGGGGAAUUUUCGAUGAAAAUUUAAGGGUAUUUACUCCAU